UUUUCCUGCAAGGAAAUUUGUAGGCCAACACAUGCGAUGGACUGCAAGCAUGGAAAAGAUUGCCAAUGCGCAUGCCCGGCGUGCUAUGAAUGUGCCAGUCGACGAACCAGUACCUCCCCGUCGUGGCGUUCCUUUGGAUAAGUGCUUUGCCUCCCUGUCUAUCAUUGCGCGCAGGGUAUCCGAGGUGCAAGAGGAACUUCGUACGCAAAAAGAGUUCGAGGUCACGCAUGUUAUCAUGGCGAAUGUUAGGGCGUUGGGUCGGACGUGGGUCUCCUCAUGGGGAAACGUUACUAGCUCUUGGGCAGAGCGGUGUAUCUGCGUUCCCUCACCGCGUAGUUGUCAUGCAGUUCUUUGAAACCAUGGCCCGUUAUGGAGAUUUCUUUAAGAUCUGCAAAGAGUGCAUUGUGCCUACACUCGAGGCCAUUGUUGAUACUCGGUAG